UGCAUGGCAGAAUAGGGUUGGAAUGGAUGGCCCCCGGGGUCUCUUCCAACUCUAGGAUUCUAUGAUAGUUUGCUCUUUCUGGCCUGAAUUGGAGAAAUCAAUGAUUUAUUGUGUUAAGCCCCCAAGUGUGGCUUGGGUCCAUUUUCCUCCCGUUUUGGCCAUGAGCAGCAUCUAAACAGGUGAGUUUCGAAAUGAGGCAGACCAUUUCUUUCAGCCGCUGAGGACAACCCCAUGGUUCCUUCUCAUUGCAAUCCUUCCAAAACAUCCAUUCCUUACUGCAUUGUUUAUAUAUCCUGCCAAGUAACUUGUUGCAGGUAAGCCUAUGCCUUGUAAGGUGCAUCCCUUCCUCUCCUCUAAUGUUCUCUGCCCUCAGCAGUGUCACCUUUUCGGUUCCCCCAAGGUUUGAGAAGGGGCGCAUCUAUACCUACAUCGGGGAAGUGGUGGUCUCUAUGAACCCUUACAAGCAAACGGAGCUUUAUGGGAAGGACAUGAUUGAGCAUUAUCGGGGCCGGGAGCUCUACGAAAGGCCGCCUCAUCUCUACGCCGUGGCCGAUGCCGCCUACAAGGCCAUGAAGCGGAGGGCCAAAGAUACCUGCAUUGUCAUCUCAGGAGAAAGUGGGGCUGGGAAGACCGAAGCCAGCAAGUACAUUAUGCAGUACAUUGCUGCCAUCACAAAUCCCACCCAAAGGGCAGAAGUCGAAAGGGUGAAGAAUGUGUUACUCAAGUCCAACUGCGUCCUGGAGGCCUUUGGCAACGCCAAGACCAACCGCAACGACAACUCCAGCCGAUUUGGCAAGUACAUGGACAUCAACUUUGACUUCAAGGGGGACCCCACUGGGGGCCACAUCAACAACUACCUCCUGGAAAAG